UGCCGAAGUCUGGAGAGCGCUGGCUGCCGUUCCGCUGAGUGAGAACGAGCCAGUGCGGCUGUUUUCUGGGGUCGCGCUUGGAAUAUUUCGGCACCCCAACGUUCCACCGCCGAACGUCGAGACAUCGGCGUGUCGUUCCAUGGAACGCAACCCGGGUCGCUGAGGCUGGUGAUCGCUUGCAACAUGCUACGUAGGGAGCGCGGAGAACAGCCGCAGCGAGGGAGCCACCUCCGUGAGCAUUUCUCUCGGGCUUCGCGUCAGUUUCUUCUCUGUUUUCCAUAGCGGUGAAGGCGAAAGGCUCUGUGGCAAUCUAGAAGAGCAUCGUGGGGGAAGCAGCAAUCUCGGGCCGGGCAAUCGCAUUGAAAAGCGAAGCGGCAAAGAGGAGGGCUGGCUCACCUGCGAGAUAGACAUCCGGCUGCAGGAAAACCAAUUGGAUUUUAACAAAGUGAACUUUUAUGAAUACAGUUUAUGGAGUGGGGAAAGAAGAAGGAAUUUUUUUCUUAAAUGUAAAUCUUCGUGGAUCAAGGUAAAACUUUCCUGCGAUUUGUUCAGCUUUGAGGGCUGCGUUCAACAGAGUUCCAUAUCCCAGCUCUCUUCUGGUUGAUCAACCUACUGAAGAAAGAUGAACAAGCUAAACAGCCACUUCUUUUUGAACGUCUUGCCUACCAUGCACCUUUUCAUCUUACUAGCAGCUUUGAUAACUGCUGAGGAUGUGACUAGUAGCACUUUAAAUCACACUGACAUGAACUUGGGAUCUGUACCUGUAGUUAUCUCCACAGUCGAUCAUAUUACAGUCAAGGAAGGGAACAGUGCCUUAAUUGACUGCAAUGUCCAAGGAAAUCCUGCUCCACGUUACAAAUGGUACAAUUCCAAUGGCUGUUUGCUGCAGGAAGAAGAGAACAGUGCAGGAAAAUGGUGUUUUCUUGAGAAUGGGCUGCUGAACAUUACCAGCGUGUCUUUUAAUGAUAGAGGUAAAUACACAUGUGUUGCUUCUAACAUCUAUGGCACUGUGAAUAAUACCGUGACUCUGAGAGUUGUCUUUACCUCCGGAGAUAUGGGAAUCUAUUACAUGAUUGUCUGCCUUGUAGCUUUUACCAUUGUUAUGAUCUUGAACAUUACCAGGCUGUGCAUGAUGAGCAGCCAUCUGAAGAAAACUGAGAAAGCAAUCAAUGAGUUUUUCAGAACAGAAGGUGCAGAGAAACUACAAAAAGCCUUUGAGAUUGCUAAACGUAUCCCAAUCAUCACCUCAGCCAAAACACUUGAGCUUGCCAAAGUAACACAGUUCAAGACCAUGGAAUUUGCUCGCUACAUUGAGGAGCUUGCCCGGAGUGUUCCACUGCCACCUCUCAUCAUGAACUGCAGGACUAUAAUGGAAGAAAUCAUGGAGGUGGUUGGCUUGGAAGAACAGGGACAGAACUUUGUACAGCAAGCAGCAGAAGGCCAGGAGACUACUGAUGGAGAUGAUGUGUAUAUGAUCCCUAAUGCACUAAAGCGCAGUGACUCACCCACGGGGGACUCUGAUGCAUCAUCUCUGCAUGAACCAGCACAACAAAUUGCUAUAAAAGUGUCAGUUCAUCAGCUGUCCAAAAAGGACGGUAUAGAUGACCAGUCACAAGACAGUGUGCAAUUAGAAAUCAAGGAAGAAGAGAUUCCUCAAACACCAGCAUCUCCUACUGACCCAAUUCCCGAGCCUUCUACUGAACACAACUCAAAUAACACCGCAUUGGCAACUGAUAAAAAUACAUGUUUUAUUUAUGAAAGCCAUGUAUGAUAAUUACUCUGUGAAUCUAUGCAUAGCAAGAAAAUCAGGUGGAGCACCUUUAAAAAUAGAUAUUGUACUUGCCGCUAAGCCUUACCUGGAGACUCUCAUAGCAAAUGCAUGCAUGUGGAUUGUUUGGUACUUUCUUUCCUGGUUGAGUUAAUUUUAUUAUGAUGUAUGACAGAGUAAUUACUAUUAUAUUAAUACUAAUUGCUCUUUUUGGAUUAGGGUUUUUUUUUUUCAGAAAACAUUUACCUCAGCAAUUUCUAGGUUGUUGUCAUCUUUGAUGACCUCCUGGAAGACAUUUGUAGUGUAAAAGGCACUUAGACUUACUAAACAUGAACCUGUUCUUCAUUUUGCUCCUUCCCCUGCCUCCCUUCCAUCUGCUGCCUUUUUGUGGAACCUUUCCAUGAAUUUAAGAUAUUGCCCAGGAAGCAAGAUUUCAGUAGCCUCAUAACAUCAUAGUUAGAUCCCAUUUAUCAAGUAUCUUUGCCAAGCUGCAUUGUGAAUUAGAGGGCUAUUAAUGAAGAUUAAAUGUGUCUUUUUCAUUUGAGACCAUCUUAUUUAUAUUUAAACAGUGGGGAAAUAGAUUCCCUCCCCCUAAGAAUGAAGAAGCCAAUCUGUUCAUUCACACAGAUGAUAUACAGUGUAUUUGUUACAGAAGAGAAAGCACUUCAUUUCUGCUAGAAGACAACAGUAUAAAGGUUGAGUAGAUUUUUCUUUCAUAUAUUUAACCAUCUACUGACUUUACCAGAAGUUUAUAUUGAGAAGGACUUCGGGUGUCCAAAAUUUAUUGUCUUGUUUUGAUUAAAUGGUAGAAGUAAAUGGAGCCAGGUUACUUUAUAUAAUCUGAAUAAAGGGUGUGUGGAUUAAGUUAAAGUAUUGUACACUCCAUUAUUUUAUUGCAGGUGAGGCUGAAGUGGUAAAAGAUCAUUGUUCACCAGGAUUUCCAAUUUCUGCAAUGUAAUUUACUGAUGAACUAACACAAGUGCAUCAAUAAUCAUAAUCUUUUAAAUUCAGCAGAGUCAAAAUCAGUACAAAAACAUGUUAACAACUCAUAAUGGUCUCUUCAGUGCCUAAAAAUAGGCAAUGAUCACAAACUGUAUUACAAUAAUACAAUUGAUUGGGUAUCUUUUAAAAAUUCCAUCAAAUUGAUAUCUUGUGGAGGAAUAGGGUUCACUCACAUCUAAGGAGAAAUUACUCUAUCCAUAUUUAACUUUCAUAAUCAUGGCAAGUGAGCCAUAUCUCUGUCACUGGAGGUUUUUAAGAGGACAUUAGCCAAACACCUCUUAUGAACUGCAGGAGUAGAUGGGAUGAUCUAUAUAAUAUUUAGUUGUUCCUUGAGUGCUGGGAACUCUAAUAGACCUCUUGAGGCCCUUCCAUAAUGUUCUAUGUUAGAAUCAUAGAGUUAUGCUAGGAUAUGAAUGAACUGCAGGAGUGAGGGAGGGAAGGUGGAUAAUGUCUAUUUCAGAAGAACGGUAAUAUUAUGCACCACUGGAUGAGCAUGGAAAGAGAGAACUUACAAGAAAGAAUUUGUGCAUGAUGAACAUUAUGUUAUUUAAUCAUCUGAUACACAUUUCAUUUGAAACUGCUGAGCAGUCCCUAGUGUGUUCACUUUGGUGAAGGCCUAUCAAGGAUUAAAUCAAGUCUUAGAAUAGCCUGGAGUUUCUUACUGCAGAGCGUUGUGGAGAGAGAAUUCAUUCCAACUGCUGAGAAACUGGUGAGCACAGGCCACCCAGACAUUUCUCAGCAGCUGUCAUAGCUAUUACAGCUUUGAGCAGUGCUGAUGUUUGGCUUGGAGGAGAUUAGAUGUGUUCACUGCAUAAAUAUUUGGGAGCAAACGUGAUGUCCCUGAAUGAAAUGCUGAGUACCCGCAGGCCCCUCUCAGGACCCCGUUUAGUUACAAUCCAUUCAGAUACCCCUAGCUAAGAUAUGCACCUGCCCCCACUAGUAAAAUAUGCAAACUGUCCCUUUCCUUACAUUUCUAUGGUCAGUGAGUAUGAAACAAAAAUAAGAGGCACAAUUGGACUAAUUUUGUUAGGGUGUAAUAAAAUGUAUGUGCAAGUUAUAUCCUUUUAGAUGCCUACCUAUUUGACUACCCUUAGUAGUCAGAUAAUUUGACAUCUAAAUAUGCAUUUUCACAAACAGAAACUUGCUGGGACAAGACCUCCAUAAAAUUUGGACCAAAAUGUUUAAUUAGGUGUAGUUAAGUGAAACAAAUCAAAACUGUCCUGUGCGUAAGAAGAGACAACUGUGUUAGAAAGAUGUGCACAUGCUCAUCCAACUGAAACACAGUCAGCUACUCAGUCUCAAAUACACUUUUGUUUUAUCUUAUCCUUUUUGUUUUAAUCACUUAUUGGCACUUAGUUACCAAAAAGGAGAUUUUUACAUAUAGCAAGAGUGGAAUAUGAAUAGUUCCUUUAAUUUGUCUUAGUUAUUGUACUAGUGAGACAUUUUGAUAGUCCCGAUUGUACAAUAUUUAGUUAAAAAAAUGGUUUUGUACUAUAAAGUGACUUGCUUCUUUUUUAGUGAAAGUAAUUUUCUCAUGAAGAGCCACACUGUUCUUCAUAAUAGAAUGUUCUUCAUAAUAGAAUGCUAUAUGUUUAGGAAGAGAUUACUCUAGUUUGUGAGCAUCUCUGAACUGCAACUGUAUCAUCUUUUGGGUUCAUAUAGGCCAUACAAUGGGGUUUAGGUACCUAACUUCCCAGUUUUAAGCCCGAUCUCUCAGCUGCUACCUAACCUUAGAGGCAAAAAGAUUUUUUUUAAAUCAAUAUUUUGAAUUAAAAAAUAAUUAUUUAAAUCAGAGAUUGUUUUUCAAAACUACACUUAUUUAAAAUUAAAUUUUAAAAAGGAAAUGUAUGUUGACAGUUAAAAUUAUUAUAAGCUAUUAAAACGAUUUAAAUAUAAAAAUAUUAUGCAGAACAUGUUGUUUUCUGCCACAUUUUCAAGAAAAUUAUACUACAUAACUGGGGGAAGUUGCUGGCUAAGCCCCUGGAACCAGAGUUUGUUGAAGUACUAAAACAGCUUCUGACAACAGUAUCCUCUUCUGCAGUUGCAGUUCUCCAUUUCAGUUUAUUCAGCUAGCUAAAUUCGAUGUCUAGUUCCCUCGAAGUUAAGAAACCAACUGGGAGUUGAAAAAGCAGAAAAGCUUAUUUUUCCUCUUCUAAUCAAAGAAUAAAAAUUAGGUCUAAGAGAAUGAGAUCUAGUAGCGCUAAAAUCUCAAAGGUCAUGGUGACUAGAAACAAUCAGUUGAAUUCACUAACUAUAGAUAAUACUUCCUUUGUUUAAUAAAUCAAUUUAAAAUGCAGAGCAUGUUUUGAUGCACUUUUUUUCUUUUGUAUUCAGCACUCUUAUGAUAGUUUUAUUUAAUAAAAAAAAGUUAAAAUGCUGUUUCAGUGCAUUUUUAAUUAAAGUUGAAUUUUCUUGAAAAGAGAGCUUGAUAUACAUCAAGUAAAAAAAAUGUGGUAAAUAAGAGAUGCAUCAUACAUCAUUUUAUAAUAUGAUACAAUAAUUUAAAAAUUAAGAAUCAAAAUAAAUGUAAAUUAAGCUAUAUACUUGUUAAAUAAGUAUGUAUAGAUAUAUUACAUCCUACUGGUUAGUAAAAUUAACCACCAAAGGUUAUAUUCAAUUGCAAAUAACAUUUCUUAAUAGAACUAAUGAGAAUCAACCUUUCUUUAGGAAAAUAAUUAAAAAGUACAAAUGUAAAACAUGAAAAAUUAAUGAUUUAAACCAAGUUUUAGAGCUUCAUGAUUUAAGCCAUGAUAAAAUUGGUGAUUCAAGUCAAUCCACCUUGCUAGCAGGCACCUAAAGUCCUGCUGUCCUUAGGCGACUGAGGCUAUAUCUAGACUAAAGGGUUAAAUGAGAAAAAGGUACACAAUUUGCAGUAUGAAAAUUGUGCAUCUUUUUCUGAUUUACUUUCAAAAGAUGCUUUUGCAAAAUUUGACAUGUCUACAAAGUGCCAAAUUUUGGAAAAAAGAGUGCUCUUUAGACAUAUCUCUUUUGCCUCAUAGAAUGAGGUUUACAGGGAUGG